AUGACGAUGUUCCACUUCUUGAACUGCGCGAUUUUGACGUUUGGCCCUCACGCCGUCUACUACUCCGCCACUCCCCUAUCCGAGUAUGAUACAAUCGGCACCUCGAUUAAAGCAGCCGUUGUUUACCUUGUAACAGCAUUAGUAAAGCUUGUUUGUCUUGCAACAUUUCUCAAUGUAUCGGAAAGUGACAGUUUUGACCCAUAUCAGGAAUUAUUGAAAGCGUUGAUUGGGUUCAUAGAUGUUGCCGGGCUUUAUUUUGCCUUGACACAGUUAACUCAUAGGAAUAUUUCUCAAAAUCACAAAUUUCAAGCUGUUGGACUUGGUUGGGCGUUUGCUGAUUCAGUGCUCCAUAGGCUGGCUCCACUUUGGGUGGGUGCUAGAGGUUUAGAGUUCACUUGGGACUACAUUUUGCAGGGGCUUGAAUCUAAUGCUAAUUUGGUGUUGAGUGUAUCCCUAGCUGCAUUAGGUUCUUUGAUCUGGCUCAGGAAAAACAAGCCCAAGACUUUGAUUCCCAUUAUAUACGCUUGCGCGGGUAUUGUGGCAACAAUGCCAUCUAUUACAAGUUACCUGAAAGGAGGCUUGGGAUGGCACUUUCCGAAGGUGGUAGGAUUCGAGUUGUUCACUUCUUUAAUAAUGGCUUUCAUUAGCUGGCAGCUUUUUUCCGCAUGCCAGAGGCCAUCUAACUGA